AUGGUAAAGUUAACGGUCGUCGGGAGAGCAUAUGACGGGUUACCUGUUGCACAUUUCCCUCGUGUUAAAAACGAAGAGGACAUGAGUAUGUUGUUUUACAAACAACAAGCUGAAUUCAUAGUAAAGGAGAUUUGUAGAGGAGCUCUUCUACCUUCAAAAAUGUCAAUGAACAUUGAUGAUCAAUAUUGCUUCAACUACUUGAUCGAGAAGGGGAUAUCUUAUAUCACAUUAUGCGAGUCCUCAUAUCCAAGAUAUUUAGCUUUUCAAUAUCUACAGGAUUUGAAUAAGGAGAUUGAGAAGCUUGAUACCAAUUUUCUACACACACUGACCAAACCAUACAGCUUCAUUAAAUUUGAUAAUGUCAUUGCCAAAAUUCGACGGCGUUAUUUAGAUACUAGAACUCAAGCCAACCUCUCCAUACUAAAUGCAAAUCUCCGACAAGACUUGGAUGUUAUCAUUGAAGAUAUCUCAAAAAUCAUAGAGGACAGGAAAAGAUCAGUAAUUCAUUGAGAAGGCGUUGGCACCUAUUCCCGUGUCUCCAAUUUGGUCUUCUCCUCG